UUUUUUUUUGCUUGGGCCUUAAUUUAGGUCCAGUAUUUAUGCGUCUGAUGCGAUCCCGAACCCGUUUUCUGUUGGCUGAUUUCUAAUAUAACUGUGUUUUGUUCACCACGUCUGGAUCUGACUCUGGGUUGCAUGAAUAAAGAAAGCACAGACUGAGAUGGGGCUGCUUUUGUGGACACAAAUCCUAUUAGCUUGUGCCUGGCAUCUCCUCCACCAAAUCUCAAGCUGAGCGGUGGAACAGAAACAGAGAUGGUACUCCUGGCAAUAUUGAAAACGUUCCAGACACGGAGGAUGCCAGUGAAACCGACCUGGCCAAGCAGGAUGAAGAUGAUUAUGUUGAAAUUAAAGAGCAGAUGUACCAGGACAAGCUGGCGUCUCUGAAAAGGCAGCUAGCACAACUGCAAGAAGGCACACUGCAGGAGUAUCAGAAACGAAUGAAGAAACUGGACCAGCAGUACAAGGAGAGGCUGAGGAAUGCAGAUCUUUUCUUGCAACUUGAGACGGAGCAGGUAGAAAGGAACUACAUCAAAGAAAAGAAAGCGGCAGUGAAAGAGUUUGAAGAUAAGAAGAUUGAACUGAAGGAAAACCUCAUUGCAGAGCUGGAGGAGAAGAAGAAAAUGGUCGAGAAUGAGAAGCUAACGAUGGAACUGACGGGAGAUUCCAUGGAGGUAAAACCAAUUAUGACCCGGAAGCUGAGAAGGCGACCAAAUGAUCCCGUUCCCAUUCCAGAUAAAAGGCGGAAACCUGCACCCGCUCAGCUGAACUACUUGCUAACAGAUGAACAGAUCAUGGAAGACCUGCGGGUGUUGAAUAAAUUAAAGUCACCUAAACGGCCAGCUUCCCCCUCCUCGCCGGAGCACUUACCCAGCACUCUGACAGAGUCCCCGGCACAGCGCUAUGAAGCCCGCAUAGAAGAAGGCAAGCUGUACUAUGAUAAAAGAUGGUAUCACAAGAGCCAAGCCAUCUACCUGGAGUCCAAGGAGAACACAAAGAUCAGCUGUGUGAUCAGCUCAGUGGGAACCAAUGAGAUUUGGGUGAGAAAGACGAGUGACAGCACGAAGAUGCGGAUUUAUCUGGGGCAGCUGCAGAGAGGAGUGUACGUGAUCCGCCGGAGAUCUGCAGCUUAGAUUCUCUUAGAUUCUUCUCACCCGUCUGUUACUUUUUGCCUUUUUUUCUUGCUCUCUGACUAUUUUUAAGACUAUAUGUGUCCCACCAUGAGGCUGUUGCUCCCUCUCGCUGGCCUUUUCCAGGACUGAUGGGCAGUUAUCGGAGCCUGUGCAGAACGCUGGGGAGGUGGGGGAGUGGAAGCUUUGGAAGAUAUACUAUCCUCCAAUGUUAUUGUGCCCUGACCUCGUCCUCUUUUCAGGCAAUAUAAAUAGAGUGUUGAUUUGUUUCUGUAAUCAGGGAUGCCAGGAGCAGACUGGUUGUGUGUGUUUUUUUUUUUUUUUUUUUUUUUUUUUUGCAUCAAGGACUUUUGAUGUGUCGAUUCAGAAUAAUACUUCUCAGUCUAAUUUUUAAGUAAAGCGAUCGUUACGACUGUACCAUCCUGUAGAGAUGUUUUCUCACAACUGCUUCCUUUUAUCCCCCUCAAUACAGCUGUUCAUUCUAACAAGCGGCAUCUGGCAAAUGUCCCAAGAAGGGUCAUGUUUGGACAGAAAUAUCCAUGCGUUGUGUUUUCAGUUUUGUUGGCAGAGCAUCUUCCUUUUUUCCACAGCUGUUGUGAUUUCUUGAACUGGCCUUGAAAACAUUUCCAAGCUUCUUGAAAGCUUUAAAUAAUCUUUGUUGAGGCAGCUUUUGUGAAAAAUGCAAGAGCCAGGGAAAAAAAGAAAGCCCCAGCGCUAAGUAACCGAUACUCAUUAUGAUGUACAUUGUGGUUGGGAAUCUGUUAGGAGAUUGUUACUAUUUGUAAUUUUGUCUAUUUAAUACUGUUUACCAUCACUAUAAAACUUCAUACUUCACACACCGUAGGGGGAUCCUGUGAUUUUUCUGCUUAACGCAGCCCGGUGCCUUCAUUUCAUGAGGUUUGUAAUACGUCCCUGUUAGCAGUGGCAUCGUUAGCAAGAUGUUACAAAACCAAAAGGUGGCUUGUGUUUUAAAGAAUAUGAUACGCUGUGUCAUGGCUUUGUUUUACAACCUCCAGUUGUCAGGCAUUACCUACGUGCCAUCACUCAGCUACAGCAAAUGAUAGCAUUAUAUUGCACUUGGAAGUUGUUAAUACCAAACCCUUUGAUACUGCUGGGGUAAACUGCAUGAAUACCUCUCAGUUGGAACGCAAGUUAUUGGUAAGGAAUAUUUUAAAACAAUUGUUCUAGAUUGCAUUUUUGGCAAAAUGCGAUUUGAUCUCGGAAUCUCAGAAACAUGAGCAAGAAAUUGUAAUAAUGGAAUGAGACAGUUUCUGAAGACCAGUGAAGUGUACACUGACUUUCAUCUAAUUCUGAAGAGGCGUGGUUCAGGCUGUUGAUUCAUCUGGAAUUACCUCAUAUACAAUCUUCGAACAGUUCCAUCAAAAUAAUGACAUGACAUCACUUAAGCAUGACUGGAUUAUUGCCAAGACCCCCAUUGUGAUGAAGUUUGCUGCAUUGUAAUGUACCAGUUGCUUUAGUAUUGAGUUUUGUUUUAAUUGCUGUCCAGACCUACACCCUAUUUUCCAGGAAGUGUCAAACACUGAUUGCUAUGUCUAUUAUGUGGGGGGUGGGGGGGGGUUUCCAGGUAAGAUGUUUAGAUAUAUAUGCUGGUGCACAAGCUGAACCAAUGAAUAUAGAACAGCGAGGAAAACCUGCCUUUUCAGCACAGCGUACUCCAGCUUGCUGCUUCAGGAAUACCACUGCCUUCCAAUACAAGUUUUUUGUAUGUUA